GCCUGCGUGCGUUGACCUCUACUAGAUGGGGAAGGGGGAGGCAGCACAGGCUCCCGCCACCUUCUCCCCACGGAUAGCAAAGCCUCCACGCGGCUUUCCCCAAACAUGUCCGGACAGGGGGGCCGGCCCCCGAGCGAGGGUCCCAGCGAGUUUCACGUGGCGCCGGCGACGAGAGGCACGCCGCGGUUCGGCGCCCUCAGCCACCACUCCUUCUUCUCCAGGCACAACCCGCACCCGCAUCGCGUCAGGCACAUUCAAGGACUCAAUGGCAGGCCCGUGUGCACGGUGAGAGACGACUGGUUGGUCAGCUCCUCCUUAUUUCCGCACCCGCUACUUAAGAGUCUUGACCAGAGGCGAGCCAGCGUGCCGGCAUUGGCGUUUACGCCUCAUCAAGCCCACUGUGAUAGCAAAGCAGCAGUGUUUUCCGAGGCUUGGAGAGAUGAGCUCAGAGAGCUGGCGGCCAAAGUCCAUUCAUCUUCUCAAGACACAAGUGAGGUCCGACUUGAGAGAGAGCCGGUCGGACGCCAGACCCAAUACUCGGCCCAAACUGGUCGACUGGUCCCUCUGACCGCCAAGUCUCACCCCUGCCGACAUCCGUCCCAGCGUCUGGACCGGCACCAACUUUUCCAGGAUCAAGAACUUAUGGUGCUGGAGCUGCUUUGUCAGAUCCUGCAGACGGAUUCGCUGCGGGCGGUCCAGCGCUGGCUGCUGUUGGCCGGCCACAGAGAGAAGGAGCUGGUGUCGGCCAUGAUCAAACAAGUGGACUUGGCGAGCCACCGGCCCGCCCGCCUGCCGGCGUCUGGUCCCUCGUCUUCCCGCCCGGCGCAGCGAGGCGGGUGGAAUGGAGCGUCCGGCGCCGACAAACCAGAAACCAUCGGAGGUGCGGAGGUCCUUGAAAUCCACGCCGGCAAUCAGCGGGAACACAAAGAUAAUCCCGGAUCCACCUGGGAAUGUCAUCGUAUGGAUUUGUCGCCUUGUCGACAUUCAUCCGCUUGCAUCACGAGCGACGUCAAAGACUCCCGACAAGCGGUGUGCCCAAGUUGUCCCACCAGUGUACAGAAACGUCAUACAUCUUAGACCAGUGUUUCCCAACCUUUUUUCAUUCACGGCACACCUUUUCAUUGGAAAAAAUCUCGAGGCACACCACCAACA